AAGGGAACGGAAUCGUAUAUUAAUCGUACCGGAGUUUCUCUUUUCUCCAUAGUCCAUUCCUCCGAUUCCUUCUCAUCGAAUCUAAUUCGCAUAGCUUUAUUAUCCAAUCCCCACCAAAUAAAUGUGGCAUAGAUCAGCUUCGUUCAUUCUUGACGAACGAGAAAACGACGACGUUCUCAGUUCAGAGAGCCGCCGCAUGUCUUCAUUGUUAAUGGCCGCCGAAACCCUUCAACAACCUAACCCUAAUAAUCCCAAAAUUUCCGCAUACUAUCAGACUAGAGCCGCUCACCAUGGAGUUGUCACCAGUGACUGGCUUGCUCAGGCUCAAGCCGCCGUCGGCCACAGCCCUGACGACGCUGUCCCCAAAAACUCAUUGUCAAAAACUGUGGAUUCUGGGAAGACGUUCAGUGUCAUUGAUGAGUUCAAUAAUUGGCGUAAACAGCCUGAUUUGGCGGAAGCUGUGGCUGCUAUUAGGGCUUUAGCUUCUGUUAUUCGGUCAAGUGAAGCUACUACGAUGAUGGAGCUUGAGAUUGAGCUCAAAAAGGCUUCUGAUUCUCUCAAGUCUUGGGACACGACUUCCAUAUCUUUGACAGCUGGUUGUGAUUUGUUCAUGCGAUACGUAACAAGAACUUCAGCAUUGGAAUAUGAGGACUUCAAUUCAGCUAAGUCUCGCCUUCUCGAACGUGCAGAGAAGUUUGGAGAGAUAUCCUAUAAGGCAAGGAAAAUUAUUGCUAUGCUCGGUCAGGAUUUUAUUUUUGAUGGUUGCACCAUCUUGGUACAUGGUUUCUCACGAGUGGUUCUGGAGCUGCUGAAAACAGCAGCUCAGAACAGAAAGGUCUUUCGGGUUCUCUGCACUGAAGGAAGGCCUGAUAGGAGUGGAUUACGAUUUUCCAAUGAGCUAGCCAAGCUUGACGUUCCUGUGAAGCUCUUAAUAGACUCUGCUGUAGCAUAUAGCAUGGAUGAAGUUGAUAUGAUUUUUGUCGGGGCAGAUGGUGUGGUUGAAAGUGGCGGUAUUAUCAACAUGAUGGGGACCUACCAGAUUGCUUUGGUAGCCAAGAGCAUGAAUAAACCAGUCUAUGUGGCAGCUGAAAGCUAUAAGUUUGCUCGUCUCUAUCCAUUGGAUCAAAAAGAUAUGGUGCCAGCUUUACGUCCAAUUGAUUUUGGGGUACCAAUUCCAUCCAAGGUGGAAGUUGAAACUUCUGCUCGUGAUUAUACACCACCUCAGUAUCUUACACUACUAUUUACAGAUUUAGGUGUUCUGACUCCAUCUGUUGUAAGUGAUGAGCUCAUACAGUUGUAUUUAUAGUGCGAAUGAAGUCUAAUUAUUCGCUAGGUGUACCAAGCAUUACAUGUAUGGAUUUCUUUCUCCCAAUUUUACCUACAACCUUACAUUGUUGUGAAAUUUUGCAGUAUUAUCUCUUUAAUGUUUUAUAUGGUAUGCACUCCUUGGGUUUCUC